UAGCAGGGAUGAAAGCGGGCGUGACCCAUUGUCGAUGUUCUGGGUGCUUCUCUGUCCCUUCGAAGCGAAGGAUGAGAAAGAGACCAAGAAUUCUGACGCUACUGAGUCUUCCUGAAGAUGUUCUCUUUCAUGUCUUUAAGGGGCUACCUGCUGAAGACAUCCUUUCCCUGCGUGCUGUCCACUCUCAUCUUAAGUACCUUGUAGAUAACCAUGCUAGUGUUUGGGCGUGUGCAAGUUUUCAAGAAGUGUGGCCUUCACCAAGCAAUUUAAAAAUGUUUGAAAGGGCUGCAGAGAAGGGUAACUUUGAAGCUGCUGUGAAACUGGGAAUAGCCUACCUCUACAACGAAGGCUUGUCGAUCUCUGAUGAGGGUCGUGCCGAAGUGAACGGGUUGAAAGCCUCAUGUUUCUUCAGCCUGACAGAGCGUUUGAAUGCCUGUGCAGCCCCGUUUGUCUGGCUCUUCAUUCGCCCUCCUUGGUCUCCGAGUGGGAGCUGUUGUAAAGCUGUGGUCUACGAGAGCCUCAAAGCAGAAUGCCAGACACAACAAGCUCAGAUGGGGUCGAUUCUGUAUUGCCUGGCUAAGGUGCUAUAUCUCUUUGAGGAUGAAGAAAAAAAGAAAGAAGCCCUGGAAAUGUUUGAGACAUCCUCAAAGCAAGGCUGUUUGCACAGUGCCUACCUCCUGUGGGAAAAUAACAGAAGAGCUGCUAUGUCAGACCCUGGCAGAUACCUCCAGAGCCUUAGGAAACUCAGGGACUAUGCAGCCAAGGGGUCCUGGGAGGCCCAGAUAGCGCUGGCCAAAGCUUGUGGAAAUGGAAAUCAGCCCGGGCUGGAAGCAAAAGCCUCCAAUGAGCUGGUGUCACAGCUCUUCCAGGCCUCCCUCCCUCUCAGCAAGCAGAGCAUCUUCACUGUUCAGAAGGGAAUGAAUGAGACCAUGAGGUAUAUUCUGAUCGAUUGGCUGGUGGAAGUGGCCACUAUGAAGGAUUUCUCCAGCCUUUGUCUCCACAUGACAGUAGGUUGCGUGGACCGGUACUUGAAAAUCAGGCCCGUACCCCGGGCUCGUCUUCAGCUUUUGGGAAUUGCAUGCAUGGUUAUUUGUACACGCUUUAUCAGCAAAGAGAUUUUGACAAUACGGGAAGCAGUUUGGUUGACAGACAACACAUACAAGUAUGAAGAUCUAGUCCGGAUGAUGGGAGAGAUCAUCUCUGCCCUGGAAGGCAAGAUACGGAUUCCUACUAUUGUGGACUACAAAGAAGUGCUACUGAACAUAAUCCCAUUGGAGAGGAGAACUGUGCACCUGUACAGCUUUAUCUGUGAACUCUCGCUACUCAACACGGGCCUCUGCCAGUACUCACCUGCCUGCUUAUCUGCUGCAGCGUUGUUGCUAGCCAAAGUACUCCACCAGCAAGCUCAUCCUUGGACAAGCCAGUUAUCUGAAAGCACGGGAUUUUCCCUUGAAGAGCUGAAACUCUGUAUGCUGAGUCUCCACAAGAAAUGCUUCCAUGAUGAUGUUCCAAAGGAUUAUAGGCAGGUGUCAUUGACUGCUGUGAAGCAACGUUUUGAAGAUGAGCGCUAUGAAGAGAUCAGCAAGGAAGAGGUAAUGAGUUACAGUCAGCUUUGCUCACUGCUAGGAGUGAAGCAGGAGGAUCCAGAGCCCAAUUCUUGGCACAUGAGCACAGUGGAAACCUUCCUUGCUUCUCCAUCUGGGAAGAGAAUUAAAAGGAGAAGAGAAGACAGCAUCCAGGAAGACAGGGGCAGCUUCGUAACGACCCCGACUGCCGAGCUGUCCAACCAGGAAGAGAGUCUUCUGGACAACUUCCUGGAUUGGAGCUUGGAUUCCUGCUCAGGUUAUGAAGGAGAUCAAGAAAGUGAAGGCGAGAAGGAAGGGGAGGUUACAGCUCCCAGUGGUGUCUUGGAUGUAACUGUAGUUUACAUGGAUCCUAAAGACCAUUGCUGUCAAGAAUCCAGCGAUGAAGAGGGCCUUGUGAAUGAGUCUGCAGAUGACCUGAGGAAAAGUGACCUGCCAGGUGGGGUGAAGAGGUGGCUUGUGUGCCAUACACUGCGAGAAUCCACCCUGGAAGCCAGCUCUGGGUAUUCUUCUGUAAAUAGCGCCAGCCCUCCUCUUGCUAUGAAUUGCGUCUUUGGUGCAGCUCUCAAAACUACCUCGGCAUGGCUUCCAGGCCCAGCGAAGAACCAAGGCCUACCUCUGCUUCAGGAUUCAAAGUCAUAUUUACCUUCUGUCUGCACUAGGCCUGGCAAGAAAAGUGACCGGAGGCGAGCAAAAAGGAAAAAUGUGGCUGAGUACAGUGAAGCAGAAAGGAUGAAUUUUGGCUUCCUAAGCCUCUGAUGUGCUGCUGCUCUUUCCUCAGUCAGUCUGGAAAAAAACAGGAUGUUCUCAUUGAGCCUCUGGUUGGGUGCCAUAAAAUGGUUGCCAGGCUGCCUUCAGCACAGUGGGUUAUAAGCUGUGUGUACUUGCCACUAAUGUUUACUUUGGAACUUCCCUGCGUUUCUGCCCCCCCUCCCCUCGUGUUGCAUCUGGCCGUGGUAUGUUGGUGUCCAAAUUAAGAGCUAGCAGAUCACGGCUUGCCAUAUCCAAGUGCCUAGGGUCAAGUACGGGAGGACCACACCUCCUGCUCUUUCCCAGUCUAUGCAAAUGACAGUAUCUUUCCAACUUGUGCCAAAUAACAAGUGUUCAGACCCUCAUGUGGUGUAAUGAUGAAUUCUAUCAGAACCUCUGCAAGAUUGGGUGCAGCCUGGCCCAUCAGGGAGUCUAGACUUGCACCACAUUUCCUUGUGAUACUGGGACAUGCCAACUGUCAUCCAUCUUGCCUCUCUACUGACUGCGCUACUUGAAAACAGCAUUUUCCAGAGUGUUAUACUAAUCAUAACUCCUCUGUUUUACAAAGGAAUGUCUCUCAAUUUGCAGUCAGGUGCUAUAAUAAGUGAUGGUGGUGUUUGUGAAUGGACAACAAACUGCUGACUUUGGGAGGAUUAAUACAGAUGUCUUCUGUACUUAUGGUUUGCUUGAAACCCUUCAGCAUCUGGUAUUUCCUCUUUUUAUCUGUCUAGCCCUCUUUGAUAUUGCUCUUCUCUGUUAAUCCUUGUUCUGAUUUAGUGUUCUUACAUGAAAAAUACAGAUUCUUGAUGUCAGAUUAAGGCUCUGCUUCUGCUGUGGAAUAGCAGAUUGUGAGUGAGCGGGGAGGUAUCACUACACAGAAGCUGAUGAUUUGAACUUAACCUGAAUGAAUUUGUUUGCCUAACAGGAAGUUUGAAGUACAAAUCAACUUGGGGCAAUUGUUAACUGCACUAGGCAUCACACUUGCUCCAAGAAUCUGCGGAAUAAAUUGUCCUUUGUGAAAAAGCUGAUGAUGUUAAGACAUCAGUCCGAACACUGUCUUUUAGACAUGCAGGCUUUGAUUUUCUUAUAUUGGAUCAACCACUUCCCUUCUGUCUGUACAUAAGGAAAAACUUGGACUGAAUGUUGCCACACAGCCUUCUUUCUCUGUUGUAGAGACAUAAGACUUCUGAACAGGGCCUCUGUUCUGUCUUUAGGGGCAUAGAAUAAGGCCCUUGCUAUUUCUAUAAACUAUACUUUUCCAGACUGUAAUUCCAAGGUACAAAAACUUGUGUGACUACAAGAAUUUGAGAAACACUGGACCUGCUCAGUUUUUUUUAAAAAAAGAAGGUAAUGUCAAUGACAAUACAUGUUGGCUAGUGACCAUGUUUUUUAUUAAAAAAACAAACAAACCGUGUUUUUAUACAACUCUUGACUCCUGACUCUGGGACAAUAAAUGAAUUACUAUUGAGGGUUUAUAGAAUGGCAUU